AAUCGAUUCUGCUACCUUCUCUCGGAGACUGAAUUCCACUUUCCUCGACCUCUUGGACAUAGCUACGCAAAAACGGAUAUCUUCGACACUCUUGUCCAUUUCUUUCCUAUCAACUUCUCUUCCUCAGCUCCCACAUCAACAGCUUCUACGACUCCCACAACUCCCAUCAUGGCACCAUCUCGUAAACUCCAAGUCGCCAUCUCAGGCCUCGGCCGCAUGGGAGCCCGCCACGCCCUAAACUUCCACGAACGAACUCCUCGCGCAGAAGUCGUAGCAGCCUUCACCCCCGAACCCAAAGAAGCCGCCUGGGCACGCGCAAACCUCGACGGCUGCGUCGUCUACACAGACUUUGACGAGAUGCUCAAGCACCCCGGUCUCGAGGCAGUCGUCGUAGCCACCGUCACAACCGCUCAUGCCCCUCAAGCCAUUGCAGCUAUCAAAGCCGGUAAACAUGUGCUCUGUGAGAAGCCAUUGAGCACCUCUGUGGAAAUCUCCCAGAGCGUUGUGGAUGCGGCGAAUAAACACCCGAACCAGAAAGUGCUGUGUGGAUUCUCCCGCCGCUUUGACGCCAGUUAUAGAGAUGCGUUUGCAAAGAUGGACAGCAAUGCCAUUGGCCGUCCUGCAAUCUUCCGCUCCCAGACCUGCGAUAAACUCGACCCUUCAGGCUUCUUUGUCGACUACGCACAGUUCAGUGGCGGUAUCUUUGUAGACUGCAAUAUCCACGAUAUCGACUUGGCAUUGUGGUACUUUGGACAAGAUGUAAUGGUCAAGAGUGUUUAUGCUGUUGGCAUCACUGCCGUGCAGCCCGGGCUCAAGAAAUGGAAGGAUGUGGACAACGGCGUCGGUGUGGUGGAGUUCUACGGUAACAAGAUUGCUUACCUGUACUCGUCACGUAUGAUGGCGGCAGGACAACACGAUAUGACAGAGAUCAUUGGCACCGAAGGCAAACUGACCGUCAAUGCCAACCCCUCUGGCACGCUUGUCGAGAUGAGCGAGGCUAGCGGUAUCCGCAGAGAGAUUCCUGGAGACUACUAUGGCAGAUUCUACGAGGCGUUUGUGAGGGAAGCCAACGAGUUUACGGCCGCGUGUUUGGAUGACACAAAGUUGCCAUUCAAGUUGAGUGGUGCUGUACAGGCUGUCAAGAUUGGAUGUGCUUUGCAAGAGAGUCUGAACAGUGGCAAGAAGAUUGAGUUUGACGAGACUGGUCGUCGUGUUGAGGUUGCUUCUCUGUAGAAGGGGUUUGAGGUAGAAAGAUUUUUGAGUCUAUACAUAUACAAAAGAAGAAUACAAUCUGUCUUGCACUUUAC